AUGUAUCAUUAUGAUAAAUGUUUUCCACACAGAAUGAGUAAUGAAACUGAAAAAAAUUUCAACCUACCAGUCAAUGCAAGGAAAAAGUGUGCUCCGAAGACAAGAAGAAAUUUUAGCUCAUCAAGCACUAACCCAGGCUACUUAAAUAACAGUAGAAGUCAGCAGAUGAUGCAGCAUCUACAGCAGCAGCAGGGAGACCAACCUCAACUGCUGUCUCCUCAACUACAUCACCAGAUGCCUUACCCACUGUUUUCUUCACCAGCACCAUUUCUCCCCUUUGGACCAAUGUCUUUGUCUG